CAUGGAGGAUUUAUAACAGAGUUGGGAAAGGAACUUACCUGAAUUUCAGUCAUAGGACCUGCUCAUAAGCUUCCCCUGGCUCUGUUUCCUUGAACCAGAGAGAAGAAGGUUUACUUUUUGCUGCUUGUUUCUUUUGGCUGUCUUUCCUUAGCCAAGGCAUUGAAGUGGAACCUGCUGCCUCCUCUGUAACAUGCAGAGUUAGUCUAGGAUGGGAUAGAGUGGGAUUGGAGGAGGUUCUAGGGCGAGACUCCAGCUCUGUGCAGUUGGGAUUUCUGUAUGUCUUACUGUAAGUGCUUUUGGUCAAGACUUGGAAGCGAGGUCCGAGGAAGACAUCACUGAUCAGGUGUGUUAAGUGCUUAGAACCCUUACUGUAAGUGCUUUUGGUCAAGACUUGGAAGCGAGGUCCGAGGAAGACAUCGCUGAUCAGGUUGCUUGAGGUUGAGAAUGAGCAGCUCCGGGAUCAGCUUCGAGAGGUCCAAGAUGAGAACUGCAGACUAUACAAACUGGUGACAGAGAAAGAUUUUGAAAUAAAGCAACUGCAGAAAAAAAUACAGGAGGACAGAUUGGCUUUGUUGGGGACAUCUGGUUUAGCUGGAGAUGUUGCAGCUACUAAAAUGGUUGAAUUGGCCAAAAAGAAUCGUGAGAUGACUGCCGAGGUAGAGAGUGAAAAAGCCAAAGUGAAGCAACUGAAUAACAAAGUCAAAGAGCUGGAGAAAGAACUACAGACAGCUGUGGAAAAAAUGCGUUCGCUUGGCGGUUGUGAUGCAGGAAUCAAACAAUCAACUCUGAAGAUGAUAGAAGGAAACUUGGCUGAAAGUCCAGAGGUGAAAGCAUUGCAAGAAAAAUUAACCACCGCCAACUUUAAAGUGAUAGAGUAUCGUAACCAACUCCAAUCUGCAAAACAGGAACUGAAGAUGACUCAAAAGCUUUUAGCAAAUGAAGUUGGUGAAGAUGUGAAUAUUCAAAAUCUCUUGACCAAUUCUAGCAGCUGGCGUGGACGGGCCCAGCAAAUUCUUGUUCUCCAAAGCAAGGUUCGAGAGCUGGAGAAUCAAUUGGGUCAAAAUAAGACCCUAACAUCACUGAGUGAGCUAGAUGAGGAACUGCUGGCACUUACUGAUCCAAGGAAGUUGUCAGCCCGAGAGAAGAACUUGUUGAAGAUUCGCAGCUUGGAAAAAGAAAAGAAAGAAGCCUUGGAGAAACUUGCUGGGGAACAUGAUGCUCUUCAAAGAAGUCAUGAGGAAGUGAAAAAAAAACUUGAUGCAUCAAAAGCCAGGAACAAAAUUCUGGGCAGUGAAGUGAAAACCCUUAAGGAACAGAUCGGAACCUUGCUGGAGAAAGGAAAACACGACGAUGAGCUCAUAGAUGCCUUACUGAGCCAGCAGAAGCAAAUGCAGGACAUCUUAAAGCACCUGAGCCAACAGGAUGAGAAGAACAAGGAGUCCCAGCAGAUACUAGGGCAGCACUUGAACAGUGAGGUUCAGAACAACGUACUUAUAGAGCAGCUCAGACAGAUGGUAGCUGAACGAGAAGCAAAGAUUAAAGAGCUGGAAGAGGAGAUUGAGCAACUCACGCUUCAGAUGAAAUCCACUCAUCAAGAGGACGAUUCAGGAGCUGAUGAUACACCACAUUCUGAGCAGUCAGAAGAUCUAGGUUUUACUCUGGCAUCAGGCAGCAAUCAGGUUGGAAGGAUUGGAUCUGCUCGCACAGUGUCUGAGAUGGGCCAUAUGCUUGUAGAGUCAGCAGCUACUAAGCCUUCCCUUCUCAUUGAUAACAUCACACCUGAAAGGCUUGCUGGCAUUGACAGCCCGGAUUUGAAAGUGCUGCAGACACAGAUCACAGAGCAGAAAGCGCUCUGCCAGGCUGCUGAAGCAGAAAGAGACAGGCUCCUGGAACUGGUCACUGUGCUGCAGAAAAGGGUUGAGGAAGGCAACAAUAAAGUCUUGGAAGCUGAGAAGAAGCUUCUGGAAGAGCGGUGGCAAAGUGCCAUUUUGGAACAGCAGCUUGAAAACCUGCAAGUGGAUCCACGGAGGAACACAAAUGCACAGAAAACUCCCCUGAGGAGUAAAACAGGCCAGUCUGCAGGUCACUCAAGACUCACCUUGAACAUGAGUGAUAGAAAGGAGCUCUCUGCAGCCCAGAUUUGCAACUUGCCUCUAGAAUCGCAGGUAGAGGAGCUAAGCUCAAGGCUUCUGAUCCAGCUGGAUGAGAAUGAAGCUCUGAAGGCUGCUUUGGACACUACCGUGAGAAAGAAAGAGGAAGACUUUAAACUGUAUCAAGAGACAAUGAACCAAGUGAAGGAUAUCUUUCUACAGGCCAUUUGGCUGCAGAAACAAGAGAAGAGUUAAGCAAGAUAUUCAGAAUCCUUUGGACUGCAAAGCAGGGAGAGAGCCCAGGCAUCGUGCCCACGAAUAGAAAUGCAGUGGCAGCGUAGUUUUGCAGCCUCGGAUCACAUCUUUUCUUUAGCAUUUGCAGAAGAGAAUGAGAAAUGGAGAUGAAAUACUAAAAGAGUGAAGGUUUUGCAUGUCAGCAGAUUCUAUCUGUAAGACUUAGCAAGCAUUUGGCUCACAGCCUGCACAUGCUGUAGGUUGGUGCAGUUUAGGAAGCUGCAAUUCUGCAGUGUGAUUUUGGGCAAAACCUCUCUAGUUUCAACAGAAUUUUCUUCAGGAGGGCUCAACAUUUGAUAUUCUGCUGCCUUUAUCGGCUCAUGAAGGAAUUUGCUCUACAAAAGUCAUGCCACCCCCCUUCCAAAGUCAUACAAGGAACAAACCAAGUUCUGUUUUUAUCAGCACACUGAUACCUGUCCUUCUCAGGUUUUCUGUAGCGCUUAAGUGCUGAGGGAGUGGAUUGGCCUGGCCUGUAAAUAUCUGCAAGAGAACUUUGUGGGGGAGCUCCACUCACUAUUCCAACAAGUUUCUUUGCUUGAACUUAUUGGCAGCAGAGUUUUCUGAAAGUCAGUGGAGUCUCCACUGAAAAGAUAGACUCUGCAAAUUACCCCUGCAAUCAGUCAGACCUACCUUAAAU